CGUACUUCCUGUUUGACAUGUUUUACCAGGUGUGUCGCUGCAUGAAUACAGGCUGAUUCCACCUGUCCUGUUUUCAUUUUGCGGCAGGGUGUCUGCAGAUAGACAGGUGUGGGCUGGCUGGCAGUGACUUGCGCAGGUAUGAAGUGAAAUCCAACACAGUCUUGAGAGAAAGGAGAGAAGCUUCCGCACUGCUGUGACAGUUCGACAGAUGGGUCUGGGAUCCUCAUGUUGCAUUUCAGGCUCUGGGAUGCACAAGAUGUUGCUGUUUUUCUCAGCAUCAUGUUAUACAUGUGCCACCUAGCUGGAACCAUCUCCAUCCACUCUCCUCAGCGGAGCCUGAUCCGCUCAGUGCAGGAUAAUGUGUUCUUCUCAGUGAAUUUCACUUGCAGUGGGAUUCCGGACAUACAAUGGACUUUUAUGUCAGGACUGGUAAGCCGGAUGAUAGGAUCUUGGCAACCAGGGGUGUACACCAACAUAACGGAGGAUUACAGCAGCCGAGUGCAGGCCUAUGACAAUGGUUCUAUGGGCCUGUUGGACCUGCGGCUGCAGGAUGGUGGAUUCUAUGUGUUUACCAUCACAGAUUCAACUGGGAGCAGCAAGGAUUUUAGUUUUGUCCUCAAAGUGAAUGAAGUGCUGUAUGAGGACCUUCAGUACCUGUCUGUCUCCUUUUUGGUCCUGGCCUGCUUGGCUGGCCUUUUCAUGCUAAUCAUGUGGCUACUGAACAAGACCUACAAGAAGAUAAAGGCAUCCAAAUGCAUAAGAGAGAUGCCAGAAAUUGAUGAGACUGAGCUGUAGCCUUUUUGGUAGACAUCUGAUGGACAUGAAGACUCACCUGAACUAGCCAAUCAAAACUGUCAGUGAUGCAACAUGAGGACAUAUUUUUGAAGUUGGAGUGUUGUGUACAUUAAAUAAUUAUUUUGAUAAAUUCCAGUUACAGCCCAAAGCAUGGCCAGGCAGUUAUGAAUACCUGCACUGUGUUCAUAUUUUGUACUAAACAUAUUUACAGUGUCACUGACACUGGAAUGAAUGUAAAUAUACCACCAAGGACAGCAGAAUACAAAUCAUCCUGUAUUUAUUCUCUAAGCAAAGAAACUAUUUAACUUUCUUUCUUCCAGGUGUUAAACUGGCAUCAUCUUUUAUUUAAUAAGUGAUUAAAUCAGACAGUUUAAUUCAUAAUAACAUGAAAACAGUUAAGUUUUUGUUUGCUGCAACCUGGUGUUACUUUCCCCCUUCAGGUGGCUACACAGGAACUUAGGGGUUCCCACCUGACUGAUGAUCCUGAGCCCAGACAGGAAGUUAGUUUAUCUAAAAUGUUUUCACAUCAGACAAAUGGACUGGUACUCAAACAACACUUUUCUGCUCUCAGCACUCAAAGCCACAUUCACCCAUUUUGCAUUUUCUAACCAUCCCACACACUGAGGUUCAGUAUUUUGCCCACACAAGGACACUUCAACAUACAGACUGCAGAAACCUGUAACUGAGCCUCUGACCUUCCUAUAGGUGGAUUACCCACUCUACCUCCUAAGCCACAGCCAUCCCAAGCAUAACAAGAAGGAAUAAACUUGUUCCUCCCAGUAAAAUGACCGAUUCCAGAAAAUAGGUUAAGUUCACUAAACCUGUGUUCUGAUAAUGAAAUAUGUUCAUGUUGAAAUAGCCCUUAAAGUAUGCUGAGCAACAUUUUAAAAUACAUAAUAGAUCUCUA